AUGGCGCCGAUUCCGAAGACUGUGGGGCGGAUAAAGCUAGACUGUCCUCUGCGGUCUGGCUGUCCGCUGGAGGUCGCUGCUGUCCCCAAACUCUGCAAGGAAUUCGGUCCUGAAGACUACGGCGCAGAGGACAUAGUGGAUUUUCUUCGACGGCUUGUGGAGAGUGAUCCCCAGGGCCUGCACCGGAUCCAUGUGGAUGGGAGCAGCAGGCGGCUGCAGCUGUGGCACCAUGAUUACCUCCUGGACCAUUUCUGUGAUGAGGCUAAAACACCUGGACAGAGUGACAGAGACAAAGGGGCUGAGGGACUGGGCACUUACUGUGGUCUCCGAAAGUCCUUCCUGUAUCCUCCCCAAGGGUUUGAGCCCUGUGAGCCCUGCCCUCAUAGCCCCUCUGCCUCUGCAUCUGCCUCCGGUGGCUCAGACAGCCUACUUGAGGUGGCCAUGCCCCAGAAGCUCCUGCUGACUGAAGAGGAAGCCAACCACCUGGCUGAGGAGCUGGUGGCUGAGGAGGAGCGCCUGAAACAGAAAGCAGAGAAGAAACGACUCAAGAAGAAGCGUCAAAAGGAUCGCAGGCGACAGGAACGCUUGGAGCAGGAGGGUGGGGAGCCCAAGGUGAGUGCCACCCCAGAUAGAGAUGGGAGCCCUCCAUCUAGCCCUGGGAACCCUGCUCAGGGACAGUGUGGUGAGGAAGAGGACUUACUGGAUCUAUCUAGCACUUUCGUGUCUCUGGCUUUGCGCAAGGUUGGGGAUUGGCCCCCCGGUGCCCGCAGAGACAAGGGACUGAGCCAGGAGCCCCGAGGCAAAAGUCUGGGCCCCCAAGAGAAGAUGGGCCAGGAGGAAGGGAGCCCUCCAAUAGAAGAAAGGCCCAGGCAGACCCCUAAGGCAGAGGCAUCUCCAGGACUACCGGCAGCUGCCUUACAGCAGAGCCAGGAGCUGGCAAAGCUGGGUACCACCUUGGCCCAAAAUGGUUUCUACCACAAGGCUGUGUUUCUUUUUACCGAGGCCUUGAAGCUCAACCCUCGGGAUCAUCGGUUAUUUGGAAACCGCUCUUUCUGCCAUGAACGGCUGGGUCAACCAAUGUGGGCCCUGGCUGAUGCCCAGGUGGCCCUUACUCUGCAACCUGGCUGGCCCCGAGGCCUCUUCCGCCUGGGCAAGGCCUUGAUGGGACUGCAGCGUUUUGAAGAGGCAGCUGCUGUGUUCCAGGAGACUCUGAGAGGCGGCUCCCAGCCUGACGCAGCCCGGGAGCUCCACUCUUGCCUUCUGCACCUCGCCCUGCAGAAUCAGCGAGGAGGAAUCCGGGUGCCACAUCUGACAACUGGGUUCCCGCAACCAUUUUCCCAUGCUGAGCCGGGCACCACAGGCCUCCCGUCUGUCAGUCGCCCUCCAAGCACCGCUCCAAGAGCUCCUGGCCUUCUGUCUCUACCCUUGCGUUUUCCCCCAUGUCAUCUGAGCCACCCCAACUGGACCCUGCCCCAAAUUCAGACUAGAAGACCGCACCCUCUCCAGGACCCCUCAAAGGGCUCUGGUGUGCUAGGACUUGGGCCCCAGCAUCUACCUCAAGCCAGAUGA